AUGUCGUGGCAACCAAAGCUUCGCCCCAAGGGAUUCCCUCACACAAUCGACGACUUUGCGGUUGCCUCUUUUUCGGAGUUAGAACAUCGUUCACGAGCGAGUGAGGAUAAGCGAGAUCAGCGCGUCUUCCGGGUCAAGCGGAAGCAUGUCCUCAAGGCGUGCGAUCGAUGUCGCGUGAAGAAAACCAAGUGUGAUGGGAAACAGCCCUGCAAUCGCUGUUCAGUAUACAACCAUCCAUGCCUUUUCCGUGAGAGGAAGGCAACCCAGACAAAGGUCUACUCUCGAGGAUUCGUCGAAAUGCUCGAAUCGCACCAUUCCUUGGUUGUCAAGGCGUUACAAAAACUAUAUAAAUUCUGUAUUAAUAAUGAGGGCUUUCCAGGCGAGCCUCUUGCAGAAGCACCGGAUGGCUACCCUCUCACACAUGCUAUUCUUGAUCGGUUAGGAUUGAUCAAGCAGGCCGAGGAGAAUGCAGACGAACCAGACGAGGACACAGAAGAUUUGAGAUAUCUACGACUGCUAUCCACAUCAACAGAGUGCAGCGCCACUGCAGAGCCAUCACCAGAACCGGCUACUCCCCCAGAACCCUCGCCAACAGCGCUAUCACGCCCGUCCGUCUGCAGCUCCAUUCCGACUCCUAUCACGGGACGAGGUAAUAAUAUCAGAUGGCAACCGCAAUGGGAUCUUCAGACCCUCGCUUCAACAAAUUAUAACUAUUCUGAAAAUGGAUAUCAGGAUAUGAUAUCCAUGCAAAGAUCCUCGAUUACCGGAACGGAUCUUGGUUCUGGCGAUAUUCCACCUCACAUUCAUGUCGCAGGCUCAUCAUCUGCCCCAAACCCCCAUUCCCACGACCCAUCGUUUGGAUACUUUCUUGAUGGAACUUGCAAUUCGGCAGAUAGCCAACCCGACGUCAAGCCUGCGAUGGGCAAUCUGCCCAGUGAUAGUCUGAGUGACUUCCAAUAUCAGGCUCAAGAUCUCAACUUCUAUCCUGGUUUCACUCCAGGCUGGGCAUUUCCGUCAGGUAAACUCGAAGAAUACUGA